AUGGCUGGUGUGCCGUGGAUAAUCAAGGUAGGGCUGUCAAAGAUCACCAGUCCUUUGGCAAAUGCGCUCAAAAGAAGGCUGAAAAGAAUGCCCGCUUUUACACCGAAAGCAGUGAAAAAUUACGACGAUUUAACAUGGCCCAUGAAGUUAAAUUAUAACUACAAUCUGUAUUGGUACCAGUUCUUGAGCUAUCCGUUCGUACGAGGGAUGAACAUUACAUUUAUGGGGAAAGAGAUCAAGAUUCUCGAGGCGAAAAUGAAUAAAUCGAUGUACGAUGCUCUGAUCAAGGGACAUUACGCCGAGAAAAAAGCAGCAAGAGUUUUCGAAGACCUAAAAUAUCAAAAUGAAAUCGUCGAGGCUUGGUUCGAUAUGAUCAUCUUCAUCUUCAAUUUCGUUGUCGGAAUGGGCAUUCUUUACUACACCUACAUUUACUACGAGAAAGAAGAAAAAGAAGAGAAGAAACGCGCCGAAAAAGAAAUGAUGGAAAAACUGCACAAAGAAACAGCCGGAAUUGAAAAAGAAGUUUACGAGCUCAAAGUGCGCAUUUCCGAACUUGAAAGCAAAAAUGAAACGACAGAAGCUCUUCUUCAUAAAAUUCUGUUUCUGUUACAAGCUGACCCAGCCACCAGGAAACUUCAAGACGCUAAGUCUAUCGAAAUCAAUUAA